UUGGGACCCAUGGAAUUUUUUGUCCCAAGAGUUUGGUGGAAGACAGAAAGCUGAAAGGAAAUUGCUGCCAGUUUCAUUUCUUCAUUAGCACUUUUACCACCACACCGUUAAAGCUCACAUUUUUCUCAAUUGCUUCGUGCACUGCUCUUUCCGGUGAGUUUUAUCGUCUGAUCAAUCUUCCAACACGCCGAUCACCACCGGAGCACGUUAUGGAUAAAUGUGUCACGGAUGAUUUCCUCAAGGAAUAGUAAACCCUAUUUCAGUCUUUUUGUAUGCAUAUCUUUUGUUCAUCUAUUUGGUUUUCUUGCUCUGAACGCCUGAACUACAAUUUAAGAUCCGAAAAUUCAAACUCGUGUAUAGAAUCUCAAGGAUAUCGGAUCGUUUGUUGAAUUGUUGGACAGUGUUACCAUGUUGUCAUAGGGUUCUGGCGAGAUUUUCACUCUGGCCUCUGCUGGGAUUCAAUAUGCAAAAGAGUGGGAGUCUGUCCAAGAACAAUUCUCUGAAGUUGGUUGCAUCUCCGCAGUCUCUCCGUCGUCUUGGCCUCUGCUCUCAGAUAUCCACAGGGCAGCAUUCGUCUCCUGUUGUCUUCCCGGAAAAACGAAGCAAAGGGAGGAGGUCCGCCCGUACGGACGACGACGCUAUCAAUACGAGUGACCAAAAGAAGGAUAAACGAGAUGAACAUAGGCUUGACAUGGGAGAUGAGAAUUCUGAUCUCUUAGGAUACGGUGUUUUUUCAGGAAAACUAGUUUUAGACAAGAAAAAGGAUGGUAAGAAUGGUGAAGUGGACUCCCCCAAAGAAUCGAAAGGUCAAAUUUCCCUUGAUGCUAAGCUCACUAGCAAAGCCAUGAUUUGGGGCUCUGAAAUGCUAGUUUUAGACGAUGUUAUCUCAGUUUCAUACUGUCCCAAUCUCAGGCAUUUCACAGUUCAUUCUUAUCCCCAUAAAACUGGUUCUUGUGGGCUUCUUACCUGUUUGUUGAAAGCGAAAAGAAGCCGAAAGGAUUUCCGCUUUGUUGCUUCAACUCCAGAGGAGGCCAUUCAGUGGGUUAGUGCAUUUGCCGACCAGCAGUGCUAUGUGAAUUUGUUGCCUCAUCCUCUGGGCUCAUCAAUGAAGCCAAGUACCGAGUUAUUUAGUAAUACAUUUCCACCUGAAUCAUACAUAAGAUGUAAAAAUCCACCUAAGAUGCUUGUGAUACUGAAUCCACGGUCUGGACGUGGUCGUUCAACUAAAGUUUUCCAUUCAAUGGCUGAGCCUAUAUUCAAGCUUGCUGGGUUCAAGUUGGAGGUGGUGAAAACAACGUCUGCAGGUCAUGCUAGGCAACUUGCAUCAACUGUUGACUUCAGCACAUGCCCUGAUGGUAUUAUAUGUGUUGGAGGUGAUGGAAUUGUGAAUGAGGUCUUAAAUGGUUUACUUUGCAGGGAUAAUCAGAAGGAAGCUAUUUCUAUUCCAAUUGGAAUCAUACCUGCUGGUUCUGAUAAUUCCUUGGUUUGGACCGUUCUUGGUAUUAGAGACCCGACAUCUGCUGCAAUAGCAAUAGUCAAGGGAGGUCUUACUGCAACUGAUGUUUUUGCUGUUGAGUGGGUUCAAAGCGGUCAGAUUCACUUUGGCACGACUGUCUCAUACUUUGGCUUUGUUAGUGAUGUUUUGGAACUUUCUGAGAGGUAUCAAAAACGAUUUGGCCCUCUGCGCUAUUUUGUUGCCGGUUUCCUCAAAUUCCUCUGUUUACCGAAGUACAAUUUUGAAGUGGAAUAUCUUCCAGCAUCCAAAGAAUCAAAUCAUGAUGUGAAACAUGAAGUCAUUGAUAUGUCUGAACUGUACACAGACAUCAUGAUGAGAUCAAGCAAGGAAAGCCCCCUUCCCCGAGCUUCUAGCUUCUCGAGUAUUGACUCAAUAAUUUCCCCUAGUCGAACAACAGAUUUGGAUACUACUAACUGUAGUAGCACCACCGAGCCUUCUGAUUUUGUGCGCGGAAUAGACUCAAGGUGUAAACGGUUAUCUUCCGGAAGAAUCAAUAUCUCAAUCACUGAACCAGAAGUCAUUAUCCAUCCUCAACUUCCUCUUUCGACAACUCCAAAGCCCAGAACCAGGUCAAAGUCAAGGGCAGCAGAUAAGGGAUGGAAUGGAUUAACCGCCACAAACGAUUCCACUAGAUGUUCUUGGGGAAAUAUGACCAUGAAUGACAAAGAGGAUAUUUCAUCCACAAUAUCUGAUCCCGGUCCGAUUUGGGAUUCAGAACCAAGAUGGGACACUGAACCUAAUUACUGUUAUGCAGAAAAUCCUCUUGAAUUACCUGGACCUCUGGAAGAUACCGUGGGAGUUGAUCCAAAGGAGAUUCCUAUUAAGCCUGAAGAGAAUUGGGUGUCUUCUAAAGGCCAAUUUCUUGGUGUCUUGGUUUGCAACCAUGCAUGUAAAACUGUUCAGAGUUUAAGUUCUCAGAUUUUGGCACCUAAAGCUGAGCAUGAUGAUAAUAUGUUGGAUUUAUUAAUGGUCCGUGGAAGUGGAAGGCUAAAGCUUUUGAGGUUUUUGCUGCUUCUGCAAAUGGGCCGACAUAUUUCACUGCCGUAUGUUGAGUAUGUUAAGGUAAAAUCGGUGAAGUUGAAGUCAGGAAAGCGGACUCACAGUGGGUGUGGCAUUGAUGGCGAACUGUUUCCGGUGAAUGGGACAGUCAUUUCAACCAUACUUCCCGAACAAUGCAGGCUGAUUGGCCGCUCGUCCCUCAAUAAAUAAAACAUUGAAAGAGCUUGUACCGGCAAUGGUUUUUUUAUUCUUUCGACUUUUCGAGUUUGAGCACCCUCACCUGUAAAUUUUAACGUUUCUUUUAUUGUUCCAUAUGUUCAUUCUACUCCUGCAUUAGCUAUAUGUAUGUAUAUGUGUCAUUUGGUCUUCCUGCCCUCCACUGAAUGUCUGAAUGUAAGUUGGCUCUUUGUAUUGAGAUUUGAGAAUGGAUUAACACUUCUGUGUAUGCACCAAACCUGUAAAGAAUCUGAUCUGUUGAUCUCAACCCUGCUCACAGUGCAUGUCGAUCUUUUGAUGAUUUAACAUUGCAUCAAAAGCUUUUGGAAGACUUGGGCGGCGUGUUUGACCGUCCUAGUAAACAUGAAUUUGUUGAUCA